AUGGAAGGAUCCAGCGGGUCUAAUUUUGGAAUAGACACUAUUUUAUCAAACACAACCAGUUCUGGUAGCCCGGUUCUAAUGAACGGAGAUUUCCGUCUUGGUGACAGCAGGACCGCGGAUUUCAGGAGCCAGGCCACCCCAUCACCAUGCUCGGAGAUAGACACUGUGGGAACUGCCCCCUCGUCCCCCAUUUCGGUUACCAUGGAGCACGCCGAUCCGCAUCUGGUCCAAGACAGCCUUCAGCAUCACCACCAUCAUCACAAUCAACAGCAAAGUUUGCAGCUAUCACCUCAGCUCGGAGCAGCCGGCUCUGCCCCGCGGACUGCCACCUCCUCUUUCUUAAUCAAAGACAUUCUGGGCGACAGCAAACCACUGGCAGCCUGCGCCCCGUACAGCACUAGCGUGCCAUCACCCCAUCACACCCCAAAACCAGAGAGCGCCACGGCAACGGACGGCUUCAGGCCAAAAUUAGAGCAAGAUGAAACUAGAAGCAAGUUGGACAAACGUGAUGACAUCCAGAACGACAUGAAAUGUAACGGAACAAAAGAGGAGGGUGACAGAGAGAUAUCAAGCAGCAGAGACAGUCCACCGGUUCGCUCUAAAAAACCUCGAAAAGCACGGACGGCUUUUUCCGACCAUCAACUCAACCAGCUGGAGCGGAGUUUCGAACGCCAGAAAUAUCUCAGUGUACAGGAUCGCAUGGACUUGGCCGCAGCCCUCAAUCUGACCGACACACAGGUGAAAACCUGGUAUCAAAAUCGACGGACGAAGUGGAAGAGGCAGACCGCUGUCGGAUUAGAGUUACUGGCUGAAGCUGGAAAUUAUUCCGCAUUACAAAGAAUGUUCCCAUCUCCAUAUUUCUAUCACCCGAGCUUGUUGGGCACCAUGGACAGCACGACAGCAGCCGCCGCAGCCGCCGCAAUGUACAGCAGUAUGUACCGGACUCCGUCAGCGCCACAUCCCAGUCUCCAGAGGCCUCUUGUCCCGAGGGUUCUAAUCCACGGUCUUGGGCCAGGGGGGCAACCAGCAUUAAAUCCACUGGCUAACCCCAUUCCCGGCACGGCACAUCCUCGGUAAACAAACAAAAACAGCAACUACAUCAAAAGCCUAUUGAACACAUGAAAUGUGAGGAACUGUUCCUAACUAAAAAGACUUUUCAAAAGACAAGACAGAGACGAUUUUAUUGAAGAACAAACAGAAGUGAUAUUUAAUAUGAACUAGUUCUAACAAAACAUUGAACUGUAAACG